UCAUGCAGUGGUUCCGCUGUGGUGGCUUGUACGCGAGAAAGGUCAGGAGCGCUCCACCGACACAAAGAGUCCAGGCGACGGGAGAAGCGCGGGAGAUAUGUUCGAGAGCUCUGCGAGACCAACUGACGUCCCACAGAUGCCGGGAGGUGAACGAGAGGGCACAGGACCAGAACCUCCUCCUGUCAAAGAGGAAGAGCAGGAGGUUGACGUCACUCAGCUUCCUUUGAACAUCAUCACUGUGAAGAGUGAGGAUGAGGACGGCGAUGAAGAUGGCAGCUCACAGCAGCAGCAGGACCACUGUGGACAGGAACCAGGCUGUAAUCAUGCUCCACUUCCAAGGUCGCAUUCCUCCACCUCCGACACUGAGGACAGCGAUGACUGGAACAAGGCGACCCGCUCCAGCUCAGAGUCCACAGUCCUGGGUGAGAGGACGCAGAAGAGCUUCAGCUGCUCUGUCUGUGGGAAAAGAUUCUCGCACCAGAGAACCCUGGAUGACCACCGUAACCUCCACACAGGACAGAAGCUUUUCCACUGUGACAUUUGUGGCAAAGUCCUGACGAGACAGACCCGACUGCAGAUCCACAUGAGGACGCAUACCGGAGAGAAACCGUACGUGUGCUCUGUGUGCGGGAAAGGCUUCUCUGUGAUGGGAAACCUGAAGAUUCACACAAGAACGCACACCGGAGAGAAACCUUUUGAGUGUCAUGUCUGCGGGAAACGCUUCACUCAUUCCAGAGAUCUGAACGGCCACAUGAGGAACCAUACUGGAGAGAAACCCUUUUGCUGCUCAGAGUGCGGCAAGUCUUUCACGGUCAAGGGUGCUCUGACAAAACACAUGAUCACCCACAAAGGGGACAAACCGUUCCAGUGCUCAGUUUGUGGGAAGAGAUUCUCCGUAAGCGGGAAUCUGAAAGUUCAUGUGAAAACCCACACCGGAGAGAAGGAGCUCGACUGUUCAGUCUGUGGAAAAACUCUGAAAGGGAAUCUGGAGAAACACAUGAGAACGCACACGGGAGAGAAACCAUUCUGCUGCUCCAUCUGUGGGAAGUUUCUGAAGGGUAAUCUGGUCGAACACAUGCGAACACACACGGGUGAGAAACCUUUCUGCUGCCUUGAGUGUGGAAAGUCAUUCACUGUGAGAGGAUCCCUGAAGCUACACAUGAGGAUUCACACAGGAGAGAAACCCUUUAGCUGCUCCCAAUGUGGAAAGCGCUUCAUUCACAAAGGCGACUUAAAGAUGCACCAGCGAACACACACUGGAGAGAAACCGUUUGGUUGCACAGUCUGUGGAAACUUCUUCACUACAAAGGGAAGUCUUAAGAAACACUUGAAGCAACACAUGGACAAACAGUCAACGUCUUUAACCAACGUUUGAACUGGACAUCAUCACUUACUGGACCCACUUGUGGCUUCACUGGCAUUUGGAGAGUAGUUGUGUGAGCAGUUCAGCACAGAAAACUGAAGACAACGAACGCCCUGUUAAAAGCAGAAAGGCUUGUUAACUUCAGCGGUUAAUUUAUGGUGAAACUGAGCUGCUUCCAUCAGUGGAGGUUGUCAGCUCUAUACUUUUCCGGACUGUUCCAGCAGGAGUUGAUGUCGUCAGGUGAAUGUUGGCGUGGCCCACUGGCUUGUUCCAGAAUGACAAUAAAAAUAACGUUGAGGAGUUGUGUGUCCGGCUUCACUUUAGUGUGCGUGCGUGCGUGCGUGCGUGCAGCCUGUUGAGCCAGGGUCAAGGACCAGAUCUCGUCUGGAGUUCGUGGCUGAUCCAGCUUUGAGAGAGUGGAGUGGAGAAGAGGGAGGCGGAAUGAGGGCCGGACAUUUAGAAAAGCAGCAGCUGCUGCUGUGUCAAAAUGAGACGUUCUUCCAUUCAUCCACAGCCUGGGACCAGAGGCUCCUCUGGUGACGUUGGUGAGGUCUCGG